AUGGCGUUCCAGUCAAAUGUGAUCAACUCGCAGCCUCAGGUCUCCGUCACACAGUACACUGUGUCGUCCGGAUCAUCAGAUUGGACAUCUAAUGUGUGCGACUGCUGUGAAGACUGUGGCAUCUGUCUUUGUGGAACGUUCCUCCCUUGCAUCCUGGGCUGUAAGGUGGCUCAGGACAACGGGGACAGCUGCUGCCUGCCCUUCCUUCCAGGUGCCAUGAUCGCUCUACGGACAAGCAUGCGCAGCAGAUACCGCAUUGAGGGCUCUGUGUGUGACGACUGGGUAAUCAUGGCCUGCCUGCCUCUGUGUGGACUGUGUCAGAUGGCCCGGGAGCAGAAGAGGAGAGGAUAA